AUGACCGAGGAAGCCGGCCCGAACAACUUCGACUCGGCCAGCGUCCAUCUUUCCCUCCAACAACCAGCUCGACCAGCCCGGAUUGACACUACUUCUCUGUCGCAGUCGCUUUCCUGCCCCCUGGACCACCCACAGAUCAAGAACGCCGUAUUUCAAUCUCUCCAUAUAAAACCCUGGGCUCGUCGAAUGUCUAUCGGGCUUCCUCCUCUCGUCGACCCCACGGAAGUCGAAUUUUCUGUCAACCAUGUCGUCGGCGCCCCUUCUGAAAGGCCUGAUUUACUUGGUCGUGAAGUGACGCUGCUGUCAGCAAUAAUGUUGAAUGUAGGGCAGAUAACGGGAUCUGGAAUCUACUCUGUCCCUGGAGUCAUGCUAAAUUCUGUGGGCUCUGUGGGCCUCUUGCUGCUUUACUGGGUUUUGGGACCAAUCUUUGCAUUUGCUGGUCUCGGCAUUUACAGCGAACUAGCUUCAAUGUUUCCACAUCGCUCUGGGGCGGAGGUUGUUUACUUGGAGCAAGCGUACCCCAAGCCUCGGUUCCUCGUUUCAACAGCAUUUGCUGUCACGGCAGUCUUGACAUCUUUUAGCGCGUCAAAUGCAAUCGUCUUUGCCCAAUACUCGUUGUCUGCCUUUGACGUGCCCAUAACGGACAAAUCUCAGACUUUGGUUGCGAUAGGUACUGUUGUGUUGACUGUUGGAAGUGUCGCUAUUUCCACCAAGUGGGCUCUCCGUGCUGUGAAUGUUCUAUCGGUCUUCAAAAUCGCGUCUCUCGUGUUUAUUGUUGUAACGGGAUUGGCUGUUCUCUCGGGAUCCACAAGAAUUAAAGAUCCUUGGGCUAACUUCCACAAUCUUUUCGAGGGAAGUUCUGGGAAUCCAAAUGCUCUCGCAACGGCCUUCGUUAAGACGAACCAUGCAUUCGUUGGAUGGCACAAUGCCUUCAACGUGCUCGCCGAGGUCAAAUCCAAGGACCCUGUCAGGACCGUCCGGAAGGCUGGAAGGAUAUCACUUUUCCUGGUCACAGUGCUAUUUCUGUUCAUAAACAUAGCAUAUGUUGCGGCGGUCCCUCGAGAGGAAAUCAGGCAUUCUGGGCAAUUGGUUGCAGUGUUGUUCUUUCGACACGUGUUUGGUUCGACUGGAUCCAAGAUAUUUCCUCUACUCGUUGCUUGUAGUUGCUUUGGAAAUAUCAUCGCUGUCACAAUAGGACAGGCCCGUAUCAUUCGUGAAGUCGCUCGCCAAGGAUUGCUGCCAUAUCCCAAUUUCUUCUCCUCCAUCAAGCCCUUCGGAACACCUCUUGGACCUGUCGCACUCAAAGGUUUCCUCACCAUACUUGUCAUCGUUGCUAUUCCAGCGAAAGAUGCCUUCAACUUUGUUUUGGACCUGGCAUCCUAUCCGGCAAUGGUUUUCAAUUCAGCCAUGGCGGCUGGUGUUUGGAUACUUCGAAAGAGGAGAGCCAUUGCAGGAAUCCUUCCUUCAACGUUGCAAGCUAGGAACAGUCUUGUUCUUCUGUAUCUCUCCUCUUGUAUCCUCCUCCUUGUGAUGCCUUGGGUACCACCUGAGCCUGGCCAUGCAGAUGUUUCGUUCUGGUAUGCAACGUACUGUGUCGCUGGGCUGGGAUUGCUCGCUUGCUGUGGCCUAUACUACUGGGUCUGGAUCAUUGUUCUGCCAAAACGUGGAGGAUACGAAAUUGUAGAGGAGAUCGAGGAAUCACCAGACGGUGCACGUAAUACAAAGCUAGUCAGGCGCUAUAAAACGAUAAGCGACCAACAGCCCCUCCUACAAUCAUCAUAG